GCCGUACCAGUGUGGUCACUGCUCUCAGUCCUUCUCUCAGCCGUCAGAGUUGAGGAACCAUGUGGUGACUCACUCCAGCGACCGACCCUUCAAGUGUGGAUACUGCGGCCGAGCGUUCGCCGGCGCCACGACGCUCAACAACCACAUCCGCACGCACACGGGAGAGAAGCCGUUCAAGUGCGAGCGUUGCGACCGCAGCUUCACACAGGCCACUCAGCUCAGCCGUCAUCAGCGUCUUCCCAACGAGUGUAAACCGGUGAACGAGAGCAGCGAGUCCAUCGAGGUGGAUUAACCCCGACAGAGAGCGACUGAGAGCUCGUCCACGUCGGAGACGCCGAAUCUGAAAACGCCGAAUCUGAAAACGCUGAAUCCACGUUUUGUAACAAUCCUGGUUCUGUUUCCGUUUAAAAACUCUGGGGCUGAAUUUUAGUUUUAG